AUGUACAUUUUCAUUGCAGCAUUGUUACUGAACUCUGUUCUUACCAGCACUACUGUGUACCCAAAGUUAUUGAUUGACAUUUUAUCUGAAAAACAGGUCAUAACAUUUUCAGCCUGUCUCUUACAAUGUUUUAUAUAUUAUUCUGUUAGUGCUUCAGAUUUCUUACUGUUGGCGGCCAUGGCCUAUGACAGGUAUGUGUCUAUAUGUAAACCUCUGCAAUAUACAACUAUCAUGACAAAAAACGUGGUGAGUGUUAUCCUGGGUGUAGCUUGGGUUCUGCCUGCUUGUCAGGUUGCAGCCUCAACAAUACUGAGUGCUCAAAUGAAACUCUGUAAUUUCACUUUAAAAGCAAUUUUUUGUAAUAAUUCAUAUUACAAUCUCUUCUGUGUGGCAUCAGUAGGACUUUCUAUAAAUGAUAUGGUUACUACGUUUAAUGUGGUAGUUUUACCUAUACUCUUCAUACUUUUUACAUACACCAGAAUACUGAUAAUAUCCUAUCGAAGUGGUAGAAAUGUCAGGAAAAAAGCUGCACAGACUUGUUCACCCUAG